AUGAUAGAUGUGGAUGAAGACCACGGGAAUCCUAAAGACUUAUUAACUGAUCGGAAUUCAAAUAGAUGGGAAAUAUUAGUGGAUGGAUCAUCCAAUGGAGAAGGGAAUGGUAUUGGUAUUGUAUUCAUUUCACCAACAGGAGCGCGAAUGGCUUAUUCAUUCAGACUGGAUUUUGCAUCCAAAAAUAAUGAGACUGAGUAUGAGGCAGUUGUACAUGCAUUAAAGCUAGCAAUUGAAAUGAAGAUAGAAGAUGCACGAAUAACUAGUGAUUCACAGCUAGAAAUUCGCCAAGUAGAAGGUACAUAUAGUACAAAUGAACCAUCUUUGCAAAAAUACAAACAAUUGGUUAUGUAUUUAGCAGCGCGAAUUCCAAAAAUAAGUUGGAGACACAUAGGCAGAAAGGACAAUAGACUCUCAGAUGCAUUGGCCUUCAUACCUUCCAUGUUAAUAGAUCCAGUUGCAAGGGACAUAAAAAUACAAACACUCUUUUUACCAUCUAUAGAGAAAGGAGAAACAACUCAAACAGAUGUGAUGACAAUAGAAAAUAUGGAAGAAGAAAGUGUGAGCGAAGAUAAAGAUUGGAGAACUGAAAUCCAUUUAUACAUAAAGAAGGGAGAAGUACCAAGAAAAAGGUUGGAGGCACACAAAUUAAAAAUUCGUGCGACGAAUUAUGAAUUGAGUGAGGGCGUUCUUUAUAGAAGAUCAUUCCUGGGACCUUCGCUCAGAUGUCUUACGCGAAAAGAAGGGAUAGAAAUUUUAAAGGCAUUACAUUAUGGAGAUGCCAGUAAUCAUAGCGGAGGAAGGUCACUCGCAUAUAGAGCAAAGAUACAAGGCUACUAUUGGCCAUACAUGCAUGAUGAUGCGAAACAAGUCUCAAGAAGAUGUGAAGAAUGUCAACGUCAUGGAACAAGACAAAAGAGAUAUUUGAUUGUCGCAACAGACUAUUUUACAAAAUGGGCAGAAGUAAAAGCAGUUCAGCACAUUCGUGGUAAGGACAUAUUCACAUUCAUCUUUGAAAAUAUUAUAUGCAGAGUUGGUAUUCCUGCACAGUUAGUAUCUGAUAAUGGAAAGCAGUUCGAGGGUGAUAAUAUAGAAAUGACAACAAGGAGAGAAGCAACAGGGAUGUCACCUUUCUGUUUAACAUAUGGGGUUGAAGUCGUGUCACCAACAGAGGUUAUCAUUCCAACAACAAAGAAAGAAGCUUGGGAGAAGAAUCUAAGUGCAGAUCUGAUUCUAGCAAAACUUGAUGACUUGGAAGAAGCAAGAGAGGUCGCUUUACAACAUAUGGAAAAUUAUCAACAAAGACUAGAUCGAGAAUACAAUAAACGUGUUAAGAUAAGAGAAUUUCAACCAGGGGAAUUGGUGUUGCGAGAAAUCCCAAUUUAUCAGAGAGGGGGUGAUGGGAAAUUGGAAAAGAAAUGGGAUGGACCCUAUAUAAUAAAAAGGAUAGUUGGAAAUGGAGCUUAUGAGUUAAUGGAUCCCUAA